AUGGUGAAUAAGGUUCAGCUGGCCUUUGUGGCCAUUGAUGGAUUGUUCGCGGUGAUGGGUGCUAUCAUGCUGGGUUUCUCCGUCGUGGUCAUCAACACUUGCUUCAACCCGCCGAACGAGGGAGAGGAGGCCGCCCGAGAUCUACUAUACCAGAGGUUCCCACUGACAGCUGGUAUCGCCAACGGCGCCUUGACAUUGUUCAUCUUCCUGGUGACCAUUCCGGCACUGUUGACCCCGAGUCGAGGAUGGUUGAAGUUUGCGGCAUAUCUCGUGGUGGUGGACGCGCUUUUCACUUUGAUCAUUGGACUGGACUUGUGGAUCAUCACGUUGAAGACGAAGCAAGAGUUCUUCGAUAUCUGGAUGUCGCAGCCCGCUAGGGUUCAGGAUCUCCUCCAGACCAAGUUCCAAUGCUGUGGAUAUAUCAACAGCACGACUCCUGCUUUCGUCACAGACGCUACCUGCCCGAGUCCGGCAGCCGCUGCUCUCAUCAAGGGCUGUGCCGCACCAUUGAUAUCGUUCACGAACGUCUUCGUCGACAAUAUCUUCACGGCGGCGUUCGGUAUGGUUGGCGUUGAUGUUGCUCUGAUCAUGGCCCUCGCCUGUCUCUCCAAGGAUCGCAAGGAGCGCGAACGAUUCCGAUACAUCGACCAGAAGAACGGUACCAAGGGGGGCUUCUAG